CUAUCCCAGCUGUCUUCAGGCGAGAGGCGGGGUCCACCCUGGCCAGCCAAUCACAGGGCACAUAUAGACAAACAACCCAAAAAAUCCAUAUUCAAGCAAAUUUUUACAAAUGUAUUUUUGGCCUAUAUUAUGCAUUUUCAAAGACAAAAUAUCCAAAUGACCUAGAAUCCAAAUAUAAGGCAUUCAGAAGACACAUUCAAAUACGUUGUGAUCAUAUGUAAUAUUCUACACUGGCCACUAGGUGUCAGUAAUGUUACUAUAAUAUUCAGUGAGACAUUGAAGCACCAGACUUGAUUGGCGGAACCUGGGUUCAUAGGUUUGAAUUAUCUCACAACAGGCACAAUAAUCACAGUAAUACAUUGGUUACUGUCACUACUGUAACCCACGCAGAGCUAAAACUCCACUCUGAACCCCCAACAUCCUCUCCCCUACUGCUCAGGUCGAGGGGACACAUUUACAGCAACACAUACAAACACAAUUCUUAUUUAUGCCUUAAAUGGCUUAUUUUCUGUUAUGAUGUGUACAAUAUUGGGCAGUGUUGAGUGUAAAGGUGACUAUAGGGGUGUUAUUUCAUGUCUAGUGAGCUCUAAUAAAGUUAAAAACUGCAUUUAGAAGGUUAACAGUUUUUCUGGCACGACAUUGUCCAUCACAGUGAUCCAUCCCAUCGGCAUACAUUUUGCAAAAAGGACACAAAAAGACAAAGAUUUGAAAUCUCUUAAAUUAUGUGUGACAUUAUCCAUGAUGGUAGUCUAACUUAUAGGAAUAAAUGUUGCACUAAUGACCCCAAAAACAGAUUAAAAGUAAAGAGUGUAUCCUUCACUGUCUGUUUUGUGGUAAACCAAUGUCUAGGUUGACAUUUUCCAUAAUAAUAAUAAUUUCCAUACUCUUAUGGGACUAAGUUUUGCAUAAAGGACACAAAAAGCAAAACAUGCCCAGUUUAAAUCUCAUGCAAUCAAUGUCAUGUAAAGUUUUAUGCAUAUUUAGCACAACUUCAAUGUGAAAAAAAUCAACAAUUUUUCAAAAAUAACUCAAAACCUAGGUUUAAUUUUCCAGUCUAAACAAAAGAGAAUAUAAGCCCGAAAAAAGUCCAGACUUUUUGUUAAUCUUACUAUAAUCAGUCACAUGAGACGUAUUGUGACACGCACUCCGCAGCAGAUUUAAACGAUUUAUAAAAGGGCUAAAGGAACCCGGAGAGGCCCGAGAAGGAAAGAGUCGGCUGCAGUGCCACGCUGGCAAGAAGUCUCUUGCCACUGGCAUCCGGCCAGCUGGCGGGACGCUGGCUCGCUUGGCGGGGGUCCCGCUGCAGACGAGAGCAGAAACGGGCAAGGAGAAGAAGGGCAGGGAUUGUCAAUGCUGGGCAGCUACUGGUCCUCAAUUGGAGGAUGAUAGCGAUGCAUUAAAGUGUUGUUUACCAUACAACUUUAUGCACGUCAUAGCUAAUAAAGGAGUGCACAAAUGGCUUCCGCCUUGACUUCAAGCAUGUGAACAUCCUGCUAAGUCAAUCAUUCCGGCUCUUUUCUUCAUCACAAACCAAUCCUUGUAUCAUCCGACAAUCAUCUCUUUAUUCCCUCACAUGUUUGCACCCGCUCACCCCCUCCUCGCCACAUCCUCUCAAAGCUGCCACCACCUCCUCCUCCUCCCUCCUACUGAUACUGAACACCAACGGAGCCGUUUGAUUGGAUUGUGCAGGGAAAUCCCAGGGAAAGCCCUCCCAUCCUUUUAUGUUUAUAACAAAACAUGAGUGUCGUGUUUCCAUGGUCUUGCCUGCAUGUUGCAUCAGACUGAAAAGUAGUUAAAUAGCAUUUCCGCUUGCGCUGGAGCAUUCCUGACAUCGGAUUUCUGCAGAAGACACUUACCAGAGACGGAAACGUGGCCUAUCUUUAUACAUACUUAACUUUUUCUGACAAAUUCUCUCGAUUUUUAAAAAAAAAUUGAGUUGUACAUUUAUUAAAAGUACUGCUUUUGAUGCAUCAUUUGAUGCAACUUUUUUGAUUUUUUUUUCUUUUUUUUUUGAUAAAAAAUAUUAGAAUAUGUUCAAUAGCUUCUGCUCUGAACAAAAUAACACAACAGUCAGUUUUGAGUUGGAUCAAGCCAAGCGUAGUCACUUUAGGUUUCACCGGCCCAAAACACAACUAGUAUUACUACUAAUCAGUUACACGCAAGAAAGGAAAAAUGCUACUUAAAAGAAAGAGACCCACGAUUGUCUCGGACGAAGAAAAAUGCCAAUCCAUCUUCUCGGCGGUAGCCUACUACAUGAAACACCUUGGGGUGAAGACCAGAGCGGUGGACAGUAAGAAGUCCCGAGGAGGUUUCUUUCGUAGACAGCUGGUCAAGAAUAAGAAGGAUGAGUCCACCAAGACCAAGCCCAGGGGAGGAUUUCCGGGCAUCCCCAGCUGGAUUGCAGGCACCCCUGAGAUCAAACCUAAAAUGGAAGCUGAAGCGGAGAAAGCCAGUCAGGAGCGUAAAGGUCCCGCACCCUCCCGAGGCUCCUUUGUCGACCCCGUGGCGCCCUCUCUCUCCAGCAGGAAGUCAGGGUCCAGCGGAGGCUCCACCCCACUACCGACAGUAGAGAUCACGGAUGGCUCGGGCAGCAACGCCAGCAUUAGCAACAGCCCUGAGUCUUUGCACUCUGAUGGUCUUUCUAGCAACCGUUUAGAGCCACCAACCUUAUCCGACCGGGGCGACGUGUCCCCAGUUGGUCUUGGAGGCUCGCUGGCCACUGGUGAACCCUUCUUGACCAGUGACGCUCUCACAGAGGAGACCCUGGAGAAAGACAGACGGAAGACAAGUAAGAAGGUAACACGUAGCGCGAGCGCUCGCAUGGAUCGACACCCUUCCCGCCGUCGCGGCUCAUCCCGGGCCAAACAGUCCCGCUCUCGUAGCGACGUUGACCUGCAACCGCCUUCCACCAUGACACCCAUAGCGGCGGUGUUCAACCCCCAUUCCAAUGAAGGACCCGUUCAAGUUCCUGAGGGCUCCGGCUCCUCCCCUGCCAGCCCCGCCCCUCAGCCUGAGGAGAUGGAGCCACGCCUCUUGGAGUUUGAGCAGGACCCGCCUAACUGGAGGGAGCUGGCCUCCCCAGAAGCUCUGUCCAGCCUCAGUAAGAAGGAAACAAAGAGGCAGGAAGUCAUCAAUGAGUUGUUUGCCACAGAGCAUGCCCACGUGCGAAUGCUAAGUGUCCUUCAGAUGAUCUUCUCCAAGCCUUUAGAGAGAGAGGAGCUGCUGACUUCCACAGAGCUGGCCGCCAUCUUCCCCAACCUGGAUGAGAUUAUUGAAAUGCACUAUCACUUCUACGAGAACCUGAAGAAACUGCGUCUGGAGGACAACUUUAUCGUCAAGUCCAUCAGCACUACAGUACUCAACCGAUUUGAGGGCACGGAAGGUGAAUGGUUCCAGAAACUGACAGCCCGCUUCUGCAGCCACCAGUCGUGGGCCCUGGACCAGAUCAAGAGCCGGCAAAAGAAAGAGCCCCGCUUUAACUCUUUCAUCCAGGAAGCGGAGAGCAAGCCUCAGUGCCGGAGGCUUCAGCUGAAGGACAUCAUUCCCUUCGAGAUGCAGAGGCUUACAAAGUAUCCACUGCUGCUGGAGAACAUUGCUAAAAACACUGAGGAUCCGAAUGAGAAGGAGCGAAUCCAUCAGAGUGCAGAGUGCUGCAGAAAGAUCCUCAACCAUGUCAACGAGGAAGUCAAAGUGAUGGAGAACCUUCUGAUUCUGAAGGACUACCAGCGUAGACUAGACACAUCAGGACUCAAGCCCAGUAAUGAGCUUUAUACGGAAUAUAAGAACAUCGACCUGACUCAGAAGAAGAUGCUGUAUGAAGGUCCUCUGACUUGGAAGGUCACCAAGGAGAAGGCUUUUGAGGUCCAGUGUGUCCUGCUGGGAGACUUGCUGGUUCUCCUGCAGAGGCAGGAUGACAAGAUGGUCCUGAAGUGUCAGAGCAAGAGCAACAUCGCAAUCCAGGAGGGUAAACAGAUGCUUAGCCCCAUCAUCAAGCUGGACUCUGUUUUCUUACGCGAGGUGGCUACAGAUCGAAAAGCCUUUUACGUGAUAUUUACCUGGGACAGCGGUGCUCAGAUCUAUGAGCUUGUCGCCCAGUCUGUUGGCGAGAGGAAAUUGUGGACUAAUGUGAUCAAGUCCGCAGUGGAUGAUCUGAAGAAGAGCGGCGCACCCAUGAGGCUGACGCUUCCUCCUGGAAGCGGAGGCGCUCCAUUCAGUCAUUCAGGUCUGACAGCUCCCUUGAGCCCCACAGAGAACGGAGGUUUGAAAAAUAGCGGCGAUCGAGAUAAGGACAGCUUGACAGAUGAGAAAUCGUCCGAUCCGCGUCACUCUCUGAUCGACUUCCUGUCGGACAAAGGCUUCGAUUUGCUGGGCCAUUCCAACAGCGAUCAGGAGAAGGUGGCUGGAAACGCGUUGGAUGAAGUCACGGUGCUGAAAAGGCUGCUGGUCGGGAGCAUCAGUCUGUCCGAGGACUCUCAGCCAGAUGAAGAGAAUGGAGAUGAGCCCAGUCUAGAGAUGGAUAGCUGUCAAUCAACAGAAGAAGGUCAGACCACAGAGCAAGGCCUGGAGGAGGAGAAGGAAGGUGGCGGAGUGAGGACAGACGAGGACAGCCUCGCCUCUGAUAGCGCCCAGCUGGUGUUGUCCCACGAGAGGAUGGCGGAAGUGUGCCGAAGGCUCCUCAGUCUGGAGGAGCAAAUAAAGAGACUCCAGACAGUAGAAGAGGAGCACCACAGGCUGCAGGAAGCCCUGUCCAAGUUCUCGCUGGAAGGCGGGAACUUUGCCUGAGGCGCCUGCCAUCAUGCCACCUGCUGGCCACUAGGUGCUGGUUUGGAGUGCUUUCCAGGAACUCACCCAUCAAAAGAACACGCUGUAGAGGAAAAUUGUUUUUGCGGCCAGUGCAGUGGUUCACUGAUGGAACGUGGGAUUCGUGUGUGUGUGUGUGUGUGUGUGUGUGUGUGCACGUAUGCUUGUUUAGAGACAGGAUAACAAAGAAGAAAAAAAGCGAGUGGGAUGUUUUGUUUUGUUUUUCUUGCAGAGAGGUGCCAAAAAAAAAAAAAAAAAGCAA